AUGCAUACCCUCGAAGAGACAUUCAAAGAACAGGCUGCACGUCUGUUGAAGGAUGUACCCCUAAUUGAUCAAUUAGAUGGUCAUAAUGACUUUCCGUACAUUAUCAGAGGCUGGUUUCAGAACCAGAUCAAUGGACAAGAAUCUACCAUUCAUGAUAUGCCCAUUGGACAAACGGAUAUCUUGCGCCUUCAAGCCGGGUCAGUCGGGGCCCAGUUCUGGAGUGCAUUUGUUCCCUGUCCAACACCAGAGGAGCAAGAACAAGGUUGCGUAGUUCAAUUGCACAAAACUCUCCAACAAAUUGAUCUCAUUCACCGGCUCAUCGAGAUGUAUCCUGAUAGCCUCGUACUAGCGGACUCAGCAGCCAGCCUCCUAGAUGGGUUUCGCUCGGGACGCAUUGCCAGUCUAAUUGGGGUGGAAGGUUUGCAUCAAAUCGGCAAUAGUAUGAGCGCGCUUCGGAUGUUUCACCGGCUUGGAGUUCGAUAUGUGACACUCACGCACAACUGCCACAACGUAUUUGCCGACGCAGCGUCUCACUUCGUUCCAUCCAUUCUUCUGGCCGGCCAUGUUGACGCAUUCUUUCUUUCUAUCAUUAGGAUUAUCGACCUUUCCCAUACCUCUCACGCGGUCCAAGAGGAAACCUUGAAAAUGUCGGAAGCACCGGUCAUAUAUUCACAUUCAUCCAGCUACACAAUCUGUCCGCAUCCCCGCAAUGUCACAGAUGACACUCUUCGGCUUCUUCAGCGUAACGGUGGAAUCAUCAUGGUCUGUUUCUUGAGGGAACUCACAGAUGCGAAGCCUGACUCUGGAGCCACCCUUUCCCGAGUUAUCGACCAUAUCAUAUACAUAGGUGAGAAAAUUGGAUACUCGCAUGUGGGCAUUGGAUCCGACUUUGACGGGAUGCUCCGGGGACCUGACGGAUUGGAGGAUGUUGCAAAAUACCCAGCUCUGGUGGAAGGAAUUCUCAGUAGGGGGGUCGCCGAGACUGACGUUAAGGGUAUAAUGGGUAGAAAUCUCAUCCGGGUAAUGGAAGAAGUGGAAAGAUUCUCUCGUCAGGCAAAAGCUACAACGAUGGAUUUCCUUGGUGAUGAUAUUGGCGAGAUAUGGAGCGAGGAUAUUAAGGGACAACUGCUAGAUGAACGGAAGAGAUGCAGGUCACUGGCUAGCUAG